AAACUACACUGUAGUUUCUCUUUUGUUUUAUUCUUUGUUUUAAGCCUAGAUCCACAUUGGAGCGCACGCAUAUCUUUUUAUUUUUUUUCCCAACGGUGGGAAACUCGAUCGAUCUCGAUAUGCCUAAGCUUGAGUUAUGUGUCUGUCACUAUCAACCACCAAGCUACAAAGUCUUUGGCUUUAUUAUUUCAAAUUAAAUAAAAAGAAUCACACUAAUAAAAGCUUAAAAGUAAGAGAAACAAGAUCCCACACUACUAGAAGCUCUCCGUUCACACCACUACUACUAUCGAUCAGUCUCUUCUUGGUUCUUGCAAUGGCUACUCUGGCUCUUCACUCCUACUCUUUCUUCCUCUUCAUUCUCCUGCCGGUAAUCUUUAGUCCCCGACAUCACUUGGCUGUGGCUGAAGGAUGUCAACAUCCUCCUGUGAUAUUUAACUUCGGAGAUUCAAACUCCGACACGGGUGGACUCACCGCCGGACUCGGCUACUACAUUGGUCUCCCCAACGGCCGCUCCUUUUUCCGACGAUCCACCGGUCGAUUAUCCGACGGACGACUCGUCAUCGAUUUCCUCUGCGAGAGUUUGAAUACAAGUCUAUUGAACCCAUAUCUAGACUCAUUGGUUGGAUCAAAGUUCCAAAACGGUGCUAACUUCGCCAUCGUUGGUUCUUCCACUCUUCCCAGAUAUGUUCCUUUCGCUCUCAACAUUCAGCUUAUGCAGUUCCUUCAUUUCAAAUCUCGAGCACUCGAGCUUGCUUCUACUUCAGAUCCUUUGAAGGAAAUGAUGAUUAGCGAGAGUGGAUUUAGAAACGCGUUGUACAUGAUCGAUAUUGGGCAGAAUGAUAUUGCGAAUUCAUUUUCCAAAGGCCUUUCUUACUCCCGGGUUGUCAAGCUUAUUAUUCCCAACGUUAUAUCCGAGAUCAAAAGUGCCAUAAAGCUAUUGUAUGAUGGAGGGAGGAAAUUUUGGGUUCACAAUACAGGACCUUUAGGUUGUUUGCCUCAGAAACUUUCAAUGGUUCACAGCAAAGUUUUCGAUAAGCACGGUUGCCUUGUGAGUUAUAACGCAGCUGCAAAGCUGUUCAACGAAGGUUUGGAUCAUAUGUGUGGAGAGCUGAGGACAGAGUUGAGAGAGGCCAACAUUGUCUAUGUCGACAUUUAUGCCAUCAAGUACGAUCUCAUCACAAACUCCAGCAACUACGGCUUUGAGAAACCGUUAAUGGCGUGUUGCGGAUAUGGAGGGCCUCCUUAUAACUACAAUGUGAACAUAACGUGUGGGAACGGUGUCUCUAAAAGCUGCGACGAAGGGUCUAGGUUUAUAAGCUGGGACGGAAUACACUACACCGAGACAGCUAACGCAAUUGUAGCCAUGAAAGUAUUGUCGAUGCAAUACUCUACGCCACCAACUCCCUUCCACUUCUUCUGCGGCAGCUGAUAUAAUUCUUGUUAUGUGCUU